UUGGAGCUGGGCGGCGUGGUCGUCGGUCGACGGGGGGAGUGCUGCGAGUUAUCGGUGGAUUCACGGUGAUGCGCAACUGUUUGAUACCAAGCUCGUACGGAUCGUGACGCUGGUGCAAAUUUAUGUACACGAUGCCAGACGUGCUGCCUCAAGGUCUGGAGACGAUGACUAUGGGUUGCGCAAUGCCCGGGUGACGGAGAGAUGGCUGGGCAGCUGAAUGCAGCUAGCCAAGAUAAACGGGAUCGAGAAACUGCCGCCGUUGCAGAGGAAGAUGGCCGGCGGCAAGUUCAACGUCUCUGAGGAGACGAAUGAGAAGUACACCGCCAUGUGGCGGGAAUGUCCUCACAGUCCGUGGGAGGCUCUCGCGCACGCGGAGCUUGAUCCGGAGGCUGUCGAGGUAGCGGCUGGCUUUCCAGGGGCGCUGGUGUUUAACACGACGGUUGCCUCAUUGAGGGUUGGGCGGGAUCGAAGGAUGAUGGGCGCGAGGAGGGGGGACUGCGAGGAUGCUGAGAUUCUGGAUAUGAUGGGAAGACAUGUUGGGUAUUUGGAUAAGAUGGAUACCCGAUGGAUUUCAGGGCGGAAGGGGGCGAGGGAUCGAAGGAUGUUGCUUGAUUUCAUUGUUGUUAGUGCUUUUGUUGACACGGAGGUCAGCGAGAGUACUGAGUGAGGGUUUAUCGAGGGGCAGUUUCAUGAGAUGUGGCGGUUCAAUGUCAUGCUUGUUGAGAGGGUGCCGUGUAUGCCAUUUGUUGCGAGGAGAGUUGGGGUGGGAUAUGUUUGGCUUAGCC